GACACUGUCUUUCCUGGUUUGUCAAGUGUGAAGUUUACUGAAGAAUUUCUUCCAGGAAACCCACCAUGGGGCUGCUCAACGUCUCCAUCCUGCUCUUCUUUGGUCUCGCUGUCAGCGGAGCUUUCGAGGAUGAGCAGCAACUCCUUGAGAAUGGAACGAGCCUUGUCCUUCCUGAAGCCCCUGCAGAGUCCCCAGAAGAACCAAUGGACGAAAACUCUACAGGUGGAUGUCCGAGGCCCUGGCGCCAGUAUGGAAGUCGUUGCUUCGUUUUUGUGAACCACAACCUAAGAUGGGUGGAUGCACAGCGAUACUGCAUCCACUAUGGAGCAUCUUUGGCCUCCAUACACAAUGUUUAUGAAGACAGAUUUGUGCAACAUAUCACCAGGAGUGGACGGAGAGGCUUCAUAACGGCCUGGGUUGGGGGCACUGAUGCCGUCAGGGAGGGCGCUUGGCUCUGGAUCGACUCCACAUCCUUUAACUACACAAGGUGGAACCCAGGAGAACCCAAUAAUUAUGGAAAUGAGAACUGUCUUUCGAUCAAUUCUGGGGCUCACAGAGGAUGGAAUGAUCUGCACUGUGAGAAAGCGCUGCCUUUCGUCUGUGCCAGGCGCAUUUAAAAUCUCAUCCCCCCACGCCCACUCCCGCAAAGCAAGUCUUCCUGUCCACGAAGUGAGAGAUGCGCUCGCUCCGGACAUCGUUGCCCAG